AUGCGGCGAUGCGCAUUUGUGUUUCCAGAAAUGUUUCUGGGCGCAAGGGGAGAAAAAGAGAUGGCUCACCAACCAUGCACCACGACUGCAUUUCCAUAUCGUCUUCCAGAGUACAACACCGCGGACGGGACCAAUUGGCAUUCGUCGAUUCUUUUUCUUUUCGUACAACCAUCCACCCAUGCCCGUCCCAUUCCAUCCCAUCGCGCAUCAGCCCUGCUGCACCUCAUCAACCCAAAGUAUGGGGACAGACCGGCAGUGUCCAUUUUGAGAGAUGUUUCGAUUGGAAAGGAUGCUGAAGAUGACUCUUUUGACCGACCCCCCCGUUCCCCCUACCUCAGGGCUCCCGUCGCCAGUCUCCAACGGAGCCAGCCCCCCCUCCACUUGUGCACACCUACAUCUACGAAUACACAGGAAGGUAUCCGUACCUAG